ACAUUCGUCCAAGUGGAGCAUGACAGGCCGGCAUCGGUCGGUUGAGGUUUCCGGGCAACUCUCUACCGCGAUAACGGUGUACUCCCGCAACAGAUUCCCAGCUGUUUACGCGAAUAAAGCUGAAUUAGAUUAAAGUCAUCCAGACGAGCGUUCACCCCGUUGCUUCACUGAGUCUCCAGUCUAACACACGGCUGUUUUUCCUCUUCUUGGCGGAGCUUGAAAAGUCAAAAUGGCAGACCAGCUGACUGAGGAGCAGAUUGCAGAGUUCAAGGAGGCGUUCUCGCUGUUCGACAAGGACGGCGACGGAACCAUCACGACCAAGGAGCUCGGCACCGUCAUGCGCUCCCUGGGCCAGAACCCCACCGAGGCCGAGCUGCAGGACAUGAUCAAUGAAGUCGAUGCUGAUGGUAACGGGACAAUCGAUUUCCCCGAGUUCCUGACAAUGAUGGCGAGAAAGAUGAAGGACACAGACAGCGAGGAGGAGAUCAGAGAAGCAUUCAGAGUCUUUGACAAGGACGGUAACGGCUACAUUAGCGCAGCAGAGCUACGACACGUCAUGACCAAUUUAGGGGAGAAGCUCACUGACGAGGAGGUGGACGAAAUGAUCCGUGAGGCUGACAUUGACGGUGACGGUCAGGUCAACUACGAGGAAUUUGUCCAGAUGAUGACCGCCAAGUGAAGAGAAUGCAGACUUUUCUCUUAAAACGUUGCUUGUCCUCUUAAGAUCACUGUCUUUAAGAACAAAAAGGAACACCCCCCCCCCCACUCUUUGUCUCCCCCAAACAAAACAAAACCAUCACAUGUAGAAUUUGGCCAAUUGUUCUGAAUACAUCCAAGUACUUCUGAGGUACCUGUUAAGCAUGUACCUCCAGACUAAUCCCUGAAGAAGUUAAUGGACCAAGCCUUAAGAAGGCCAAAGGCCUCUUUUACUUCCGAGCAAGAUUCUGCGGAGUCACCCAACUCAUGAAUAAUUUAGAGGAAAGGGCAGAGCUGCCACUGCAAGGGGGGGGGAGGGGUUGGGAACUGGUGCCACCGAUCAUUUUAGAGAAGUUGGCUAUUUAAAUCUUUCCGCUUCUGCAAAGAACCUCGCCUCUGUACUAGCACAAGUGGUGAUUCUCUAAAUACCAAUUUGAGUACUCUUCUUGCAUGCAGCCGUUCUGUGGUGGUCUCCUGUCUCGACAAGGUGGUUCUGAUCCCAUCAGAGGUAGUGGUCAGAUUGUGUACACAGUGAAGGUAUAUACAUUCAUAUAGCUAUAUAUCUGUAAAAAAAAAAAAAAUAUGUGUCACUAUUGGUUAUUUCCAGAGCAACUAGUUGCAGUCUGUGGUGUUCAUUGGUGCUUGGUUGGAAAGUGUGGCUAAGAACAAGAGACUGAUUGAUCCCCCCCCCAAGUGGGAUCUGUUGUUUUGAGUGGGUUGCUUUACGUUGCCAGGGCAACCGAGCGGAGACGCUAGUGUGACGUGUUGCUUGAGGCUGGUUGUUGUGAAGAUGCACUGGAGGACUGCUGUUAAUACAUUUGUUCUGCAAACAGAUACAAUAUUGAUGUAAUGCUUUAUAAACGUGUUCUCAAACUUACAAGUAUUGACUACAAACUUUGCUCACAAAAUCUCUCUCUCUAUAUAUGCAGUAUAUAUCGGUGUGUUGUAAAGUUUGCAUUGCCUGUUGUUGUUGUUGUUGUUGUAGAAGUAGUAGUAAAUGGCUUGUGGUCUGUUUUCUCUUUGGUUUUGAAAUGUGCCAUAAUGCUCCCAAAACGCCUCAACCUUCUUGCACGAUUCAUAGUUCUAGUGACAAAAGAAGAAGAAAAAGAAAAUAUCUACUCUACGAUGCUGUAUUAGAAAACAUGCCAUGUUUGCACUUUGGUAUAAACCAUGUGGAUGUUGCAGAAAGUUUUCUUUAAAAAAAAAAAAAAAACAGAUGAAAAAGAAACCAAAUUUGACUGUUGCUGCUGCAAUAACAACUCACGUGUUUUCCUAUUUCCUCGUCCUUGUUGGCUGUCCGAUCUUCAGUUUGUAGUCCAGUGAUUCAACCUCGAAUCUGCUUGCUUGUUUUACUCAACACCAUACAUAUACCGUACUGUAUAUUUACAAGUACCUAACGUAGUUGGCCUGUUUAGAUGAUACGUGAGCUUCAGAAAGGGGUCGUAGCAAUUUGUUUGGUUUUUGGGGGGUUUUCCUAAAGAAACCAUUUAGAUGCGAUUAAUACCACUCUCUACGUUUGAUUAUGACAUGAGGUAAUAUAAUAUGGACUGUUGGCUUCUGCUGAUGGCAUAUGUAAAGAUGUUCUAUAUUUUCCAUAAAUCAAUAAACUGAAUGAGCUUUACUUCA